UUUACACAUUUACAUGGGAGGCAAUCCUAUAUCCAUUAUAAAAACUUUUGAUAUAAUAUAUUUGGUGACCAUUUUUUUAUAAAAAAAUUAAGGUUAAAACAUGAAAGUAAUUUUAUUUAACAUUAAUAAUUUAUUUCUUACUCCGUAAUUCGGUAAUUUAUUAUACACAUGAACCCAUUUCUUUUUUAUUUAUCUUGGAUUAGGCACACCAACUUUUUUGCAAAAUAAUUUCUGUGCAUUUGGAUAUGAAAAUUUAAGUAAAAGAAAAUAUUCUUUUCUUCCUUCGUCAACCUUUCCUCAAAUGGUAGAAUAGUGGGAUCCAAUCAGACAGCCUACAACUUAAAAAUGGCGAUUUCUUAAAUUAAAUUUAGAAACCCAGAUAACUUUCUUCUAUACGAAACGUUUCCCAACAAAUCGGUGCAAAUUUCAAACUUGCUACAGUAUUGGUUUCUUUAGUUUACAUGCCUGGCAUUGAAUUACAGUAUGCUGCCAUGUUCAAUUCUCUUGAAGUAUAUUCGUCUGAUUUCGAUAUUGCCUUGUAAUCCUUUGUUCUUGUUUAUCCUAUGCCUUUACUUUACAUUCGUAUGAACUCUGAUGUGUGAUGUGUAAAUAGUGUUUUGUUUAAUAUUGGUUCUGUAAUAUGGAAGGUAUCAUUGGUCUGAUAACAGAUGUCUGUUGGAUAUGUCAUGGAUCAUGAUAGUAAAAAGGCUCCUGAAUUAAGACAGGUUAUAGCUGCUACUGUGUCUAGCGAUCCUGUGAAAUACUCUGAAGCUUUUCUUGGGAAAACUAAUGAAGAAUAUUGCGCAUGGAUUCUUGAUUCAGAGAAAUGGGGAGGUUAUAGCUGCUACUGUGUCUAGCGAUCCAAUGAAAUACUCUGAAGCUUUUCUUGGGAAAACUAAUGAAGAAUAUUGCGCAUGGAUUCUUGAUUUGGAGAAAUGGGGAGGGUCUACAAUGGUGGAGCUAUCUGACUUCCUGACUGCAAUUUGGGCUCCAUUAAGCGCUCUUUCUCUCUUCAUUGUCCUGAAUUCUUUAAACCUUGUUUUAUCAAGUAACACCAAUCAUUGUAAUGUCCAGACACCAUUUGGCUCCAUUUUUUGCACCAGAACAAAUGUUGCACCAUGGCUCAUGUUUUCCACUUCUGCAAUUAUUUUUAGCUGACACCUUUCGAAAGAUCAGCUGACUUUUACAACUGUGCGUUAUUUGCUUGAACACUGCUAGAUGCACAAGUUCCUUUUGAAAUAAAUGCUUCCAUUGCUCUCUUAUUGGUCAACCAUCUGGGCAUUGGUUACUUGCCAAUUUUAACUGUUGCAAAUUCUGGCUCCAAUCUAAUUCUGUUGCUCUAACAGUCUAACAAAAAGAAAAGAAAAGUAAUACUACUACUACAUUCUAUAAUAACUGUGUCAGAUGUGAGUCUGGUUUUGGUCAUUUGCUAAGCUUAGACUUUUGCUAUUUUUAUCUAAUAUAUAAUAUUCCAUGCUUCUUAAACAUUCAUCUAUGUUGCAGUUUAGAACUUUAGGUCCUGAUUAGAUAUGUCAGAACUCAGAUUACAUAUCUCUCGUAUAUACUACUAGUAUAAGACUAGUGAAUUUAUGUGCUAUAGUUGAGUAAAUUUUGAAACCAGUAUAUCUGUAUAUGUCAACAAAGAUGAGGUAUGUAAUUAAUAAGAAUGUUUGCUUUUACAAUUGGAAAAUCUAUACUUAGUAUUUAAAAACAAAAACCAUCAUCCCUAUAAUGCCACAUGUACAUUUCAUUUUUUUUCUCUACAAUGCCACAUGUCACUUCAUUUAAUCUUUCUUUUUUUAAUCCCUUUUUUCAUAUGAAAAAAAAAACUUUAAUUCAAUACAUGUAUAAAUUAUUGAAUGUUAUUUGGUUCACUUUCCUCCAGAUUAAUUUCAAUUACAAUUGCAUUCAAUUUUUACUUCUUCUUCUCCUUUAUAAACUAUUCAUUUGACAAUAUAAAUGUAUUAAAAAAUAAUUAUUUAUAUAUUAUACCUAUAAAUAAACCGUGCAUUGCACGGGCCAGAAGGCUAGUUUGAUUUAAAUAAUCCAACCUUUGACGUAUUUAUUUUUAAUAAUCCAACCUUUUGAUUAUUCCACAAUAAUCCAAGCUUUAGGGGGUGUCUUAUUUUAUUAGGCCAAAAUGACCUUCUACCUGUUCUUUAGGUAAUUUUUUUUUUCUUCCAAUUUUUUAACCAAAAAAAAAUUUAAAAAAAAAAACCCAAAUCACAGCCACCGACCUUCCCCUUCAUCUUCUCCGACCACCCGCACCCGAUCCGCACAUCUCUUCCCCUCACCCCAAUGCAAGUGUUCAUGGAUUUCUUUCUUUAAAGUAUAGCCAUUAAUUGAUUACUUCUAUAAAAAUUCCCAAUAUAACCCAAAUUUCUUCUCUCCCAUAAUAACCAACCUUCAAGUCAUUUUUCUCAAGAUUCAAUUUUU